AUCCAUUGCCACUUCUGGGGAAUUGAUUCUUGCUCGUAAAAGAAGAGGAAGCCCAUUUCAUCUACAGAAAAUUGCAACAACUUUAAUGGACAGAUUACCUUUUUUGGAAAAUCAUGGGAAGAGAGAGAAAGUGGGAUGAAGAGAAUUUCUGUGCCAACUGUCAGAUUUAAUCUCUAAAUAGGAAUUGGAAAUUUGGAAUGCUCCACUGGUCCAGGCCUGAUUUCCCGCUCUGGUUUCUACAUGUCAAGAUGUCAACCAUUGCGGAUUGUUUAUCCACUCCCCGCCCUCCACCCCCUAAAAAAACAGAAAAAAAAUCCUCCCCCUCUCUCUUCCGCAGUGGGAAGCCCAAAUUGGGAAAUCUCUGAACCAUCUCAACCUAUGAUCGGAGACGGAGCUGCGAUGGUCUGAAAUCUGGCUCCCAUUUAUUUUUCAUUUUUCACCAAUUGAUUUAGGGAGAAACAUAGAAGAUAGAUAAGAAGACGAAUCGACGUCUUAAUCUUGUUAAGAGCAAAGGAAAAAUUGGGAUAUCUCUUGAGAAGAAAAAAUUUCGACUAUGGAUAAAUUCAGAUCGUUACGGAAAGUCAAUGUCCAGAUCCCUGAAGCUGGUAGAGAUAACAAUGAAGACGUGGAAGAAACACCGGAAGCCAAUGAGGAGAGCGGGAUUCGAAUUAAUCCCUCGCAGAACAACACCCCAAAAGGAGAUUAUCUAGAUAUUCCUUCUCAGCCCUUUCUCAUGAAGAUCUUGGAGAAACAAGGUGAUCAACAAGUUCUCUUUGCAGAUAAGGUUUUAAAAUUCACUGGAUCAGGAAAGAUGAAGCGGCGUAUUCUUUUAAUUACAGAUUUUGCCAUUUACAUUGUUGAUCUAGAGACUGAUGCCCUUAAGCGGAGAAUUGCACUUGCAGCUGUUGAAAAGCUUUGUUUGAGUGAGCUAAGUGAUAAUUUCCUUGCCAUUAUCAUCCCAACUGAGUAUGAUAUUCUCGUGGCCAGUACUCGGAAGUCUGAGAUUGUAACUGUGUUGGUGGAAGCUACAAAAAGCACAUCAGACUACGAACUUGAGGUGCUUUUCUCCAACAGGUUUGAAUACCGUGCUGCUGCUGAGCUUCUCAAGGAAGUCCAAUUUGAGGAAGUUGAUGGAGGUGUUAAAACGAGGAUUUUGGGGAAGUGAACAGCUCCUGGUACUUGCCACUUUACAUAACGGGGAUCCUUACGGGAGAUAUGUUUUAUCUUUAUUCUUUUGUAGUGGGAACUUGGAGUACCUGCUUUGCUCGAAAGGAACCCAGUUAGUAGCUGAUGAUCAGAUUACGUGUGUGUGCCAUGGUGCACCCGCUCUUUUGCUAGUAUGAUAUACCAGGACUGGACCUUGGGUUGAUCUUGUCAAUAUUUUUUAUUUCAUUAAUCAAAUAUACUCUUUAACUGUAAUGAGGAUGGGAUGAGUUUGGAAACUAUAAGCCACUUAAAUCUUAGGUAAGGAGGUUAGACCUCCAGGUUUUGUCAAGCGUUAGGAUGUGUGGGGUUUUCAGGAUAAAUGAUGGCCACAGGACUCUGGGAACUAACCAGAGUUGAGAAAAUGUUCAUUGCGAAAAACCAUUCUGCUUACAAUUCACAGAGGUUUCAAGAACCCUUGUUGCUAACAGAGAUAUCAAAACUUUGCUUUCUUCAGAGAUGCCAUGAGUGAUCUAAAUCCUUCUGUUCUGGCUAUUUGUAGAGAUGCACAGAGAAAGAUCAUUGGAUCACCAGCUUCUGCCUUUGGGUUUUUCCUGCGGCUUCAAUUUGAAAAAAUCAUGAAGAGGACAACCCCAUAAGAGAGUUAUGGUUAACCCGUGUAUGGAAGGUCUAGAUCAGCAAUUCCUUUUUUAUCAUGUUUCUGACUUCGUUUCUACAGCAAUUCCUUAGGGCAAUGCCUAAGGUGGAAGAGCAACUCAUUUUGCUUUGUCCUAUUUUUCCUCAAUUGUAUUUCAUUUAUUCUUUUUAAUAAUAUUCUUUUUGUUGAUUCUGCUUA